AUCGUUGAMAUCGUUGUCAUGUCGCGUUUGAUUGGCAGAUCUUAAGUGGAUCGUGUUACAAAGCGCCGAAAACGCGGGAUUAAUUUUCAGUCACCAACCGGGAUCUGAACAAGUUGAAUCAAUGACUUUGUCUGUGCCACUCGUCGCCAGUUACCAACAUGGAUUAGGCCGGAUCCGCAAGAAAUGGAAAUAGCGGAGACGAUAUAUGAAGACAUUGGUAUAAAAACAGAGAAGAAUAUCAAGAGUAAACUAUCACUAGAGAAGAAAAGUAUGAAAGAACUACGAAACGGGGUAGUGUCCCGUGGAAUAUUCGACAGCGACGACGAAGAAAGCCGAAAAGACGAAGCAGAAGAUAUCUAUGAAGUUAUUCCUGCUGAUUUUGCGCCAUCGUUAUAUUCUGGUAAAUCAAGUCGAUCAUCGAGUAUAAGCUCGCAAGGUAGUUACAGAAGUGUAACGAGUGAGCGACGAACGCCUUAUGUAACAACUGUUGGAAUCCAGACCGAAGGCGAGGACCCAUCGCUGAAUCACUCGCCCAAGACGACGGCGCAGGAUGCGCAAGAAGCCGAGACUACAGCACAUUAUGCCGAGAUCCGCCACGCUAAUUUAGACAUUUUAGAGAUAAGUCCUUCAAGACCGACACGGGARUCGGACAACCCGAUCCUUAGACAAGAUUUUGCUAAACUAACAGAAAAUAGUAAAUUCCUCGUACCUCAGUUACAGUCUAUUCGUGACUCAUUUGCAGUGACCUCGAAAUCAAAACACACGAAUUCUAAGACGACCCUACCGGCACAUCUUCUGCUCAAACGUUCUUUAAGUAGCGGGGAUAAUAGGAAUGAUUUUUUUAGACGUUCCGUGGAUGUGCUGUAUGAGAAUUCACCAUUCCAAUCGCCCAACCAUUCUCCGCAAGCUAAACAUGCAAGCACAAGUGCGCCUGUCUACGAGAACGUGAAAUUUCCGUUUGUUGAGAGCGAUCGCGAAUCGCACUGUAGCAUCAGCAGCAGUAGUACUGAAGGACACAGUUUAUGCUCUGAGGAAGAGAAUACCGAGGGAAAUGUGGAAUCGUUAUACGAGAAUGUAGAUGGACUAUCAGACGGGUAUCGCCAGAGAACAAGAAGCCAACCCAUUGAUAUCGUUUAUAGUGACCUCGAAUUCCAUGGGCCAGAAAAUUCACAUCCACAACUAUCUUCUGUGGAAAGUGAAGAAAUGGCAAUCUCGGCUGUUGAUUUUCAUCGAAAAACCAAAUCGUUGACCGGCGCUACAACUUCAAAACCAAGCCCUCCUCCCCGGGGAUCGGGACUCAACAGACCCAAAAGUUKGAACCUCCGAAGGCCAGCAGGAGGAUCCUUAGGACUGCAUCUUGCUAAAUUUGUGAAAAAAGUCAUUGUAGAAAGGUCAAAUGACAAGACUCUUCAAGCAACGAUUUUGGAAGUGCUCUCGAAGAAGCACGCUGAUAAUGAUGAUGAUGACGAUUCGUCGGUGAAUGUUGAAGUUAAUUCAGAUCUUGUACGAAUUAGUACGAAUUUUCCGCCGUGGGAGGUGAUUGCGAGCUGUGAUAUCGAGAAGAUUGGGCAUGUGAAUUURUAUGAAGGGGAUGAUAAUGUUUUAGGGAUUAUUGCUUGUCCUCAGGGUGAAGAAUCUACUUGUUACAUCAUAAGGUGUUCUGAUGCCAAAAACAUUUAUGAGUCGAUCAAAAAUGCYUUCAGAGCACCGAACCUCAAGCAAUUUACGCACACUCCCAGUCCCGAUGUGCCAUCCUUGCACRUGUUUCCUGGAGACAAUUGCUUUACUUCAAUCCCUCGCAUCACAUACUUGGGUUGUGUGAAGGUUAAGAAAUCCUACUUGGUGAUUAACGACAGUAUUGCUGCCCUAUUGGAAAAGCUACAUCCGAAAGACUUCAAGCCAAUAACUCUAAAAAUCCGUCCGGAGGAARUACUUAUCGUGGAUGAAAAUACCAACGACACUUUGUACCACCAUUCCAUCUCGUGGGUACUCUCCCUYGGGGUCUUCAGCGAAGACUCCCGUCUCUUUGGUUACAUUGUGACAGAAGCAAGACAGGGAGAAAAGACCCGUAUGUUUUGUCACGCAUUCCGUUGCGGCCGCGUGACUGCUUCGGUMACRRCAACGGAGACAAUCAGAAUAGCUUGUCAGGCUACUUUUGCACCUGGGAGGAAAGACUCAAUCAAGUCAAGGAGAAGCUCGCAGAAGUCUUUACGCAGUUCAACAAGUUCUGAUGCCUCUUCACUUGAGCGGCGUUAUUCAACGAAUGAUCCAAUAGAUGAACUAGAAAACACGACCAAAGGAGGAGAAGAAACACAUCAAAGUACAAAACACAAAACUCCUUCACCUGCUCGACUAUUUCGAAAACUAACACCAAGGAAAAAUAGCUUUUCACCUUCAAAAUCUUCGUUCAGAUCCUAUACAAGUGAGCCCAAUUUGAGUUCAUUAUCAAGCUCCAGUUCCUUUGAGGAAGCGUCGCCUGAAAUAACACUGAAAACUUCUCCUGAAAUAAUCGAAGAAAAAGAAUUUAACUUUCUUGCUGUGUAUUUGUGCUCCACUGUCAUUAACCCGCCAUUACGACCCAAGCAUCUACGAGACUCUGUCAAACAAUACCUUAAAGAACAGAAGAAAAUAGAAAAACAAAAAGGAAACCCACCUCCUACUAAGGAAGUGGAAUUGACUCUAAAUUCUGAUGGAGUUAGCAUGUCUGAUCCACAGUGCACGAGCUUCACGCARCGGUAUUUUCCAUUCCCGUCUAUUAGUAAUGUCCGCACACAUAAGGAUUUCCCAGAAUACUUUGCGUUUUCCGAGGUGGUUUCUGGUGGUGCUAAACACAAGUGUCAUAUAUUUAAACGAGUCAAGGAACCUUGYGAAGAAAUAACGGCUGCCUUCGAGUGCUUUUUGUGGGAGAAGGUAUAGAAAUAAUUAAAUUAAAAUAAUAUUAGGAGUUACAAUUUCGUUCCCAUAUAGGCUUGCGGGUGUUUUGGGUCARCGGGUUGGCGCAAAGCCGCUGACCWAAMCUCGUAAGACGCCUGAGACGAGAUUGUGAACAAAGUCAAGUCAAUAAUCAAGUCAAAUUUAAUUAUAAAAUUUAUUUUAAUGAACAAUUGAAUAGAAAAACUAGKGCCCAGUUUCCCCCUAACGGAUCACUUGAUUAGAAUCUGGUGACGAGUUUUUGUAAAUAGAAUAAUGAUUUUUAAUGUACAAACAAAUGACAAGGGAUUCUUGCACCCUGCUUAUCAUGUAUACUCUUUUYAAAACUGAUUGAGCAAUCUUUGGAAAACCUAAAAACAGUUCUGAUAYCUCUAUGAAAACUUGUAAGACGAGUAGCCUGUGUUGCUUGUAGUCAGCGGUUGCCGCUCUCACCUUCAGUCCUGCACUGAAAUAACCGCAGACUAACAGACAACGUAAGCUACAAGACGACCUGGGUUCGAAUAGUUACUGUGUAUUUUUCUGACUUUGACGGAUCAAAGA